AUCAUCCUGCUUCCCCCAUCCUCCCAUCCUGUUGGCCGGGUCGUUUGUGUAUUUUUGCGGUUCUACACAAAUAUACUGAUGGCUCUCAGAGUGCUCAGAGCUCUGUGCAUACAGGACGUGGCAUACGCACACAAAUCCGUUCACCCGUCUCCGUUCUCCAUUCCCAAAAAUUCUGUGUGCUGAGGUCAUGUCGCUGGCGUCGCCGACGACGACGACGACGCUGAUGUCUGGCUGAAUCCUGCCCAGCACUGCCCUGGCCGAUGCCUCGUUUCAGCAUCAACUCAAAUGGUUUUGCAGUUGUAAGGCUGCCAAGUGCAGACCGGCAUGCGCAGCUGCCACAACAAUAGCUGCAACAACGGCAGGCGGCGGCAACGGCGGCAGCGCCAGCAACAGCUAGAGUUAUAGGACAGCUGCUGCCGAUGCUGCUGCCGCUGCUGCUGCCCAAACGGAAUUGCAGUAAAACCACCAGGGCGACGACGACGCUGACAACGAUGGCAAACAAUUGUAAGCUCUGACAGCCAACAACAGUGACAACAACAACACUACCAAACGAGUAUUCGUACAACAACGACAAUAUCUGCGGUUUAUGCCGAAAUGGAUAUACCCUUUCUUAAUGGAGCACACAGAAAGAAAAGGCAUAAUUAAUCGACCUAAUUACGGAGGACAAAAGAUCAUUGAAGAGGGGAGCCUGAUGUUAUUAGAACUAUUCAGCUAUACGAAACUGGUGGACUCUUUGUGACCAUCUUUUGUAAGGAAAGAUGGAACGAGUUUCAUCCCACAAACUAUUCAAAAAUGUACACUCAUAGAUUCAUUCUCUGAUUGGAGAAAGUUCAUUAUUUAUCAUCAUGGUAACGAGAAGGCCGAAGAGAAUAAAUUUCCUUUCAUUGUUUGGUAAUUUUCCCCCAGAGUUAAGCAGGAAUCCAUCUCUCUAUGGAGCAUGACUGUCAGAUACAACCAAAGGAAGUAUUUCAAUGGACCACAGAUGCUGCCACAGCUCUUCAGGAAUCUUCACUUGAGAUUUAAGAAUUUAAAAGAAAGGAUUUCCCAUGCUCUAUCCCUUGCUCCAGGUCCAGGUCCAGCUCCAACUGCCGAUGUCGAUGUCAGUGGCAGCAGCACAAAAAAAGAGGCAGGGCUAAGUUUCCUUUCUGCCAGCAAAUUAAAAGAAAAGAACUGAACACAGAACUCAACAGAGCAGAGUAGCAGCAGAGAAGGAUAAAGCAAGCAGGCAAAAUCAAUAAGAUACUGGGAGUCGAGUGGUGGCACACGCAGAGCACUGAGCAGAUCCUGCCUUCUGUGUGGCAAGUGUAGCCAAAGUGCUGAGUAAUGUGGAGUAAUGGAGACCUUUUUGCUGGCGGCGGCAACAUGAUGUGAAACAUGGCAAUCGAAUCAGCCAAAGCCAUUUAGGGUCAUCAAUUGGCAGGGUCGCCGAGGCCACACAAAACGCAGCGGGAGCUGAAGCGGAAGCGGAAGGAAUAUCGUCGAACCGCAGAGGAGAAGGAAGACAUAUGCACAGCAUGGAUCGAAGGAGCCGGAGCACGACUACGACCACGAUGGGUCUUCCAGUUUGGUGUCUUUUGGUGCUCUGUUUGGUGGCCUGGACGGGGGCCGAUGACUGGUCCUUGAGCUGCGCCUCCAACUGCACCUGCAAGUGGACCAAUGGCAAGAAAUCAGCCAUCUGCAGUUCCCUGCAGCUGACCAGCAUCCCGAGCACCCUCAGCACGGAGCUGCAGGUGCUGGUGCUGAACGACAACCACAUACCGUACUUGAACCGGGAGGAGUUCUCGGCCUUGGGGCUGCUCAAUCUGCAGCGCAUUUACCUGAAGAAGUCCGAGGUGCAGUACAUCCACAAGGAGUCCUUCCGCAGCCUGAAGAUCCUCGUGGAGAUCGAUCUGUCCGACAACAAGCUGGAGAUGCUCGACAAGGACACGUUCAUGGGCAACGACCGCCUGAGGAUCCUGUACCUGAACGGCAAUCCGCUGAAACGCCUGGCCGCCUACCAGUUCCCCAUCCUGCCCCACCUGCGCACCCUGGACAUGCACGACUGCCUCAUCUCGUACAUCGAUCCCAUGUCGUUGGCCAAUCUCAAUCUCCUGGAGUUCCUGAACCUCAAGAACAAUCUGCUGGAGAGCCUCAGCGAGUACGUCUUCCAGCACAUGGCCAACCUGAAGACCCUCUCCCUCGAGGAGAACCCCUGGCAGUGCAACUGCAAGCUACGCAAGUUCCGCUCCUGGUAUGUGGCCAGUCGCCUCAGCUCCGUAAGCCUCGUCUGCAAGGGUCCGCCCGCCCAGAAGGAUCGCACCUGGGACAGCGUCGACGAUGAGCUCUUCGGCUGCCCGCCGCGCGUCGAGAUCUUCAACAACGAGGAGGUGCAGAACAUCGAUAUUGGGAGCAACACGACCUUCAGCUGCCUGGUGUACGGGGAUCCGCUUCCCGAGGUAGCCUGGGAACUGAAUGGCAAGAUCCUGGACAACGACAACGUGCUCUUCGACACGGAGAGCAUCGCCUCCGACAAGCUGUGGAGCAACCUGACCGUCUUCAAUGUGACCAGCCUGGAUGCCGGCACGUAUGCCUGCACGGGGGCCAAUCCCAUCGGCAGCAUGACCCAGAACAUCAGCAUAUACCUCAGCGAGAUAGUGCAGCAUGUGCUCGUGAAGACCCCAGAGACCUUCUGGUACUUCGGCCUCAUCAUGGGCAUCUUCGGCACCGUCUUCCUGUUGAUCGCCAUCUCCUUUGUGGUGUGCCUCUGCAAGCGCACCACCCGCCAGCAUCGACACGCCAACAAGGCGGGUGUCAAGUCCAGCGUCAGCUUCAAUGACCAGGAGAAGAAGCUGCUGGACUCGAGCGUCACUACGACCACAAACGAUCGCGGCGACAGCUAUGGCAUCGACAACAAUCCCAACUCGAUCAGCAUCAACAAGGCGGAGUCGGCAGGUCUGGGCUUCAACCAGAUCGAGAUCCAUGCCGUGGAGAAUCACCGCGGGGGCAUGGGCCAUGGCUCAAUGCUGGUUCACCAGCAGCAGCAGCAUCAACAGCAGCAGCAGCAACAGCAGCAGCAACAGCAGCAGCAUCCGCACCAGCAUAUGCGGCAGCAGCUGAUGACCGUGAAGGAUCCCACAUGCGGCAUGAUCACCGUGCCCACGUCCAUGGCGGGCCACACCCACACCCACACACAUCCCGGCCAGAUCUCCGAGGAGUUCCCCCUUAAUGUGGGCGUCUUUCCACCGCCACCAGAGUUCUGCUCGAACAUUGUGCCGAACCCCGCCUUUGGGGGCAAUAUCUUCAUCCGCGUGUCAGUCACGCAGGACAUGCUCGACGGAGCGGACCUCAACAUGUAUCCGGACUUGCUGAACAUCCCCAAGCGGAUGCAGGACGUGCAGUGCAACAACGAUGGAGGCUCGGGCACGGUGAGUGUGCCCGAGGGCCAAUUUGCCACCCUGCCACGUCACACGACGCGGCGGGGCAUCCUCAAGAAGGAUACCUCGCUGCAGCAGCAUCACCAGCAACAGCAGCAGCAGCAACAACAACAGCAGCAACAGCAACUGCAGCAAGGUGCCACCCCCGGCCUCUAUCCGCACGACGAGAUCGUGACCUACAACCUGGAUGCGAGCGGAUAUGUGGACUCCCAUAGCCACCAGACGACCUACCACUGCGUGGCCGGAGGCCAAAGCAACGCCAUGGAGCUGCCGCCUCCUCCCCCACCGCCCGCUGUGACGGCUGUGGUGCAGUGCCACCACCCCAACUCCAGUGCCACCAGCAACAUGCCGCCCGUCUCCGCCGCCAGUUGCGCCAGCUGCAUCAACAACGGCCCGCCGCCGUCCGCCUGCCAGACGCCACCCAUCGAAGUGACGCCGCUGCGGCCGCUCUGUGGCAAGAGCGGAGGCGGCGACAGCUCCGCGUACCCCAAGUACGAUAACAUGGGGCGCCGCAUCACCGCGAGCGGGGGUCUGGGCAACUCCACACUCUCGCUGCCCGAUGAGGAGCAAUACGAGAGUGAGACGCUCUUCAACGAGAACCAGCCCGAAAAGCAGUCCGUCGGGGGAGAGCAGGCCCAGGAUCAUCAUCAGCACCAGACAGAGACCAGCCAAGGACAGGACAAGGACAGAGGGGAGUUUGUGUCCCUAUAGUAUUAUGGAACGCAAGUGUAAAUAGGUCAAUAGAUUCGUGCCCCAGAACCCAGAACCAGUCCCAUUUCCAUAAUCCUCAUCCAGAGUCACAUUCAGAAACCCAACUCCUUGGCAAUCGUUUACUUUCAUAUCAGUUUCGAGUCUACACAGAUAAUUUGUAUAGAAACCUACUACUCGUAUAUAGCAACCGACACAAUCUAUUGACUGCCACAGACCCCCCAAAUGAUCAAAGAAUCAAAAACGAAUAUAGCAGAAAACCCUAAUCAAAAUGCGAAACAAUGAGAAUUUGAGAGUUUAUUUCCGAGAACAGAGUUUAUUUCCCCUUUUGAAUCUCACUACAUAGAUACCGUUAUCGUAUAUAUAUACUUCUAUAUACUUAUGUAUCGCAUGUUUACUCCAUUUAGAGAUCUCUCCAUACUGACCCCAUUCCUAGCUAGAAACCGAAUAGUUGUACCCAUUCUAUAAUUCUGAAUUCUGUAAGAUAAACGAAAGAUAACUGUAUGCUAGAGAUUAUAGCGACCAAAACUGAUCUUCAUAAGGUGUAUAGUACGAUUCUAUAGUAUAUAUGUAUCUUGUCAGAUAUAUGUAGAUGAAACCAAAGAAAGAUGCAUUUGCUUCUGGGGUGCUAGAGUUUGUUGGAGGAGUACGAGUAUUUUAUUGAAUUACGUUUUAGAGAUCAGACACUGAAUAGGAUUAGAACACCGGAUGGGAAUUCAUCGUAGCAUCGUAGCACUUGCAUAUGCAUAUGCAUACAUAUGUAUAAUAUUAGCAGAUCUAUUAUAACACCCCGAUAUAAACAACUAUAUAUGUAUAAACAACUAUCUAUGUACAAUGGAUAUUUGUAUGUAUGAAUGUAUUACAGUCUUUAGUCCCCCCUUAAAAUAGUCCCUUCUUUAUGUACAUAUGUAAAUGUAUUCCUAAAUGCUUAAGGACUUUUAAAUCAAAAAUAAUUUUACACUCCCUACCUACCUACCUACAUAUAUCUAUAAUAUAUAGAUACUGCAUCGAGGCGAGCCAAAAAUGUUUUUUAAAUCAAAUCUACUUUUAGUCUGUUAUCCUCGAUUGCGAUUGUUUCCGGUUCCAGCAGUAACUGUAGGAUUGUUCUUCCGAUAUCAGAGCCAAACACCUAGUACCUAUGAUUUGUAUUGUUAGCAGUCGUCAUCUAGUCAAUCUACAUAUACAUAUGCAUAUAGUAUAUAUAGUUAAUCCGUUCCUAUCCUAGAAUACCUAUAGAAGGAGUCCUUUUAGUUCUCUCCCUAUCACUGUCCCGCGCUGUAACACACACUUUGUCCUGCAAGUAGACCAAAUCUAAAUAAUAUAUGGCAUACCAUUUAUGUAAUAUACAUAUAUACAUACAUGUAUGUAUAUACGUAUAUAUAUCUCUGCAUAUGUAUGAAUUUGUGUGUAAUCUAAUUGAAUGUAGAAAGAAAAAUGAAAAUUUGAAAAUAAAUAAAAUCGAAAACUAAUUGCUAAAUUCGAGAGGUCGAGGCCAGAGAUACUCUACAGCUAUAUAUCGAUGUGUAUAUCAUAUAUAUAUAUAUAUAUAUACCUAUAUUGGUGUGAGAUUUAUAUAGAGAACACAAGAGAACAAUAGGAGAGAGAGAUGCCGCAUUAUAAGUAUUUUUUGUGUAUGUAGAACGUUUCAAAUUCGAGCUUGAUAAUAUAAAAUGUAAGUUAUAGAAGUCAAUGAUAAGUACAGUACAUGAUAAAUUCCACAUACAUGACCACGCUCGCAGCCACGGCCCCAUACACCCAUACACCCACACCCACACCCACACCCACACCCAUACACCCACACCCACACCCAUGCUUACACGAUGAAUGCAUUAAGUUGUGUAUCCGUGUAUCCGUGUAUCCAUGUGUGUGUUUGUGGAAUAAUUAAACACAUGAAUGCAAUGAAUUACUACAAUAAUUAUGGGAAAGUAUUCUGGCAAAUAUUUGCACAGCUUCACUUCACCAGGGGGGGAUUCCUAGCCGGGCUUUCCCCGACCCAAUUAAAUUUUCCUCUGUUGUGUGCAAUGUUUGCUGGCUGGUGAGGGGAUUUUUGUUUUUUGAUAUUAUGAACUGAACCGAAAGCAAAUUUGCACAUCGGCACAUAGAGAGCUGCCAGAACAGCAAACAGAACAAACACACAAACACACAAACUCCCCCCAAACCUCAUCCUACACGUCCUGCAUCCUACGAUUUAUUCAGAUAUCAUACACCACCUUGCCCUUGCGUACCUCCUUUUUGACAGCGCAAUGUGAAUGUUUUAAUCAAAGUUUUAUUGUUUGGUCCGCUCUAAUAGAUGGCGGAUGGGGAUGGAUCCCGUACUUCCCUGUAGAUUUGUACAUAAAUAGGUAAUUUUAAUUACAUCGUACGCCCCUCUACACCUCUCUCCCACGCAGUAAUGACUACCGCAGACAGGGGGCGAUAUUUUAUUCAUUUAAAAUCGUUUUAACUAAUUAAAAAAAAACAAAUGGAAACCGCCAAAAAGCAAGAGCCAAAAGACAAGUGUAAACCGACAGUCAAAUAGAGAGAGAGUAAUGAGAGAAUGGUGGAGAGCGGAGGGCGGAGAGAGCACCUAACAAGAGAAACAUUUAAACUAUGCUUUUAGCUACAUUUUCCCAUUUCCCAUCAAUGCACAAACAAACGGCUAUCCCCAGGUUCCACCCGGGCUCCGCCUGUUUCGCCACUCGCUUUUCCGGCGCCGGAUGAUGAUGGAAAUGUAACUAUAAUUUUAAUUACUCUGCGUGAAUGCAAAUGGAAAACACACGCAGAUGCACAGAUGCACAGAUUCACAGAUGCAAAAGCAUACUACAUGGCAUACUAUACCAUAUACUAUACACUCACAGUAGAGAGCCACGCAUCUGUGUAUCUGCAUCUGACUCUCCGCAUCCGAUUGCAGGCAGCUACUGCGGUGCAUCCAUAGAACAAACCGACCAACAGCAACAAAAACCAGAGUGCGAAUGCCAGGGAAAUAAAAUUAACUUUUUAUGAGUGCUCUGUGCUGCGAAGUGCGGCCCGAAAAUAAAUUAAAUUCACGAUGAUGAAUAGUAGUAACAAAUUUUGUACGAUACCAUUAAAACAAAAAAAAACAAAAAAAUUUAAAAACGAAUCAGCAUAUUGCAUUUUAACUUGAAUUCCAUUGAAAGCCGAAAUUAGUCAAAUUUCAACAAUCCACAGAGCCCCACAGCCAUCCCGUAGCAUUCUCUGGAACUCACAUCCAAACACUCGACUAUACCAAAACCCACUUCACUCCUCAGUCACUUCCACACACAUUAUAUUAUGACUCAAAACGAUAUAUAGAUACAAAAACAUCCCGACAUCCCGACAUGACACGAAUACAGCUGUUGACGGGGACGGAAUAGUGGGAGGAAGAGGAGGAUUGAAAGUGUGACAGUAGGACAGUGGGUAAAGUAAAGCAAACAUGACAGUACAGAAA